UCUGCUCCUGCUUCUCUCUCUUCCACCAAUUACCAUGUCUCUCUCUACACAAAUGUAAACAUGCACUGUUGUGUGUAUUUUUUGAUCUCGGGUAUUGUGGAAUCUUGAACAUUGGAGAUGGCUCUUGAUCUGGAAUCUCUAUCAGAGGCAACUUCAGGGGCCAUAGGAUCCCUAUUGAGCACCACCAUUUUGUACCCACUUGACACCUGUAAGACCAAGUACCAAGCCGAGGUUCGGACCCACGGCCAGCAAAAAUACAGGAACCUAUUGGAUGUCUUAAGGGAAGCAAUAUCUACCCAUCAGGUACUUUCUCUGUACCAGGGCCUAGGUACAAAAAACCUGCAAUCCUUCAUUGCACAGUUUGUCUACUUUUAUGGGUACAGCUACUUCAAAAGACUAUAUUUGGUAAGGAGUGGUGCCAAAAGAAUUGGAACGACAGCAAACUUAGUUCUUGCUGCUACGGCUGGAGCUUGUACUGCCAUUGUAACGCAGCCCCUGGAUACAGCUUCCUCUAGGAUGCAGACAAGCGCCUUUGGUAAAUCCAAAGGGCUUUGGAAGACCCUUGCGGAGUGCAGUUGGAGUGAUGCAUUUGAUGGCCUUGGCAUCUCUCUUCUGCUGACCUCAAACCCUGCAAUUCAGUAUACAGUAUUCGAUCAGUUGAAACAAAGACUCUUGAAGGGAAAACACAAUAUAGCCAGGAAUGAUUCGUCCCAAGAAACCCUUUCUGCUUUCUCUGCCUUUUUGUUAGGUGCAAUUUCAAAGAGUAUUGCGACAUUUCUGACAUACCCUGCAAUAAGGUGUAAGGUCAUGAUCCAAGCCGUGGACUCAAAUGAUGAUGGAACUAAGAAAGCUCAGCAAAAAUCCAGAAAAACAGUUCCUGGAGUUAUCUAUGCUAUAUGGAAAAGUGAAGGAGUACCUGGCUUUUUCAAGGGUUUGCAUGCUCAGAUCUUGAAGACUGUUCUGAGCUCAGCUCUACUUUUGAUGAUUAAGGAGAAAAUCUCUGCAACUACUUGGGUUCUUAUACUUGCAACCAGAAGGUAUCUAUUGCUCACAAGGGGGAGGCAAAAAAGUACUUGAUGGUAAUAUAUGGAUGGGAAUUCACAUAGGAAAAUUCUAUAUACCAUACUAUCAUCCAAUUUUCACCUCAUUAAGUAUGAUGUGGCAUAUUUAUUACCAUUAAAUGAUCAUUUAUUGCAUCCUUCUUUAUCAUUUAAUGGUGAUUAAUAUGCCACAUACUACUUAGUAUGAUCAAAAUAGGAUGAGAGUGUGGUAUAUAGCAUUACUCAUUCACAUAAUACUAGACUUAAAGAGUGAGUUUUUAUUGGGUUUUGUUGGAACAGUUGUACUUUAAAGAGGUGGGUUUGAUUUCCCUGGUAGAAACUUCUUUUUUACUUAUCUUCAUUUUUUUUUUGGAAAAAGUGGGGCUCUUCUAAGUUGGAGAGCAAUUACGUAUGCAUCAGACAUGAAAGAUGCCAAUCCUCUGCAGAGCUGUAUUUCGAGGGAGAGAAAUAAUGCAGUGCGGGAAUAUUUUUCUGCAUCAUGUACUGAUUGAAUGUUUACAUUUACGAGUAUUUUCGGGUAUCUUUCUCAGAUCAAAUAUGAGAGCCUCAGACUUUAAUUAUAUA